CUCCCGCCACCAUUCGGUCCACGCGUACCUCGUUUACAUCUUCUCCCUUCUUCUUCCUCAGCAGCUCAAUCGAAAAGUCUUUCCCACCUUGUUGACUCCGUCGAUGGCGCGGAGACCAGGAACCUCCGCUUCUUCUUCACCCACGAUGUCUCCGUCUCAUCGGAUGAGCGGCGGCGGAGGAGGAAUCUCCGGCAAAAGCACGCUCCGGAAACAAAACGCCGCCGAGCUACUCGCGAAGGUCAUGGAGAAGCGCGAAUAUGAUUAUGAUUACGACGAUGAAGAUGGAGGUGAAGAUCUGUACCAGGUACAUCUUCCUCCUCUUACUCAGUCUCGAAGACGAGAUGAUAAGCGUAUUGGUAAGGGCUCAGUCAACGAGAAAAAGGCUCCGGCGAAGAAACCGAUCAUACUUCCGGCGCCUAAAUUUGAUGAUGAAUCCGAAGAUGAUGAAACUAGAGCUAAUUUUCGCCCAAAUCCAGUGAUAAUUCCUAAAAAGAAUGCUAGGGAACCGAGAAAAGCUCCGGCGACGAAACCGGUCGUUCUUCCGCCACCUAAAUUUUCCAAUGUGCGCCGGAUUCCAGUGGAGAUUUCUGGAAGGAAUGCUAGGGGUUCGAAAGAAGCUUCGACGGUGAAACAAGUCGUUAGUACGCCUAAAUUUGACGAUGAAUACGACAGUGAUGAAAUUACAGAGGAUGUUCCCCGGAAUCCAGUGGAGAUUAGGGGUCCGGUCAGAGGAAAAGUAGCUCCGGCGGUCAAACCCGUAGUCGUUCUUCCGACUAAAUUUGACGAUGAAUACGACAGUGAUGAAAUUACAGAGGAUGUUCCCCGGAAUCCAGUGGAGAUUAGGGGUACCGUCAGAGGAAAAGUAGCUCCGGCGGUCAAACCCGUAGUCGUUCUUCCGACUAAAUUUGACGAUGAAUACGAUAGUGAUGAAAUUACAGCCGAUGUGUCCCGGAAUCCAGUGGAGGUUAGGGAUCCAGUCAGAGGGAAGUUAGCUCCGGUGGUGAAACCCGUCGUUCUUCCGACUAAAUUUGACGAUGAAUACGAUAGUGACGAAAUUGCAGCUGAUGUCUCCCGGAAGGCAGUGGAGAUUCCUCAAAAGAAUGAAAAGAGUACACUCAGGGUUAGAGUCCCGGCAUAUUCACGUCGGAAUCCGUUGGAGGAAUUUGAGCAGAACGGAGAAGACAAGCAAAAUGUUCAAUGUGAUGUGCCUGCUAAACAAUCGGAAGCUCAAUUAAAGUAUAAGAAAAGUUUCAGGUACCAUCCUGCAAAUAUUUUAGCACCUAAUAACUCUAACCAGCAGGAAGAUGAUCGAGAAGCUUCAGCCCUGCGUGAUGAAUUAGACAUGCUUCAAGAAGAAAACGAUAAUAUAAUGGAUAAGCUUCAGCGCGCUGAAGAAAGACGCGAAGCUGCAGAAGCAAGGGCUAAAGAGCUUGAGAAACAGGUUGCUUCUCUAGGUGAAGGAGCAAAUUUUGAUGUCAAGCUCUUGAAGAGGAAAGAAGCAGCAUUGCGUCAAAGAGAGGCAGCAUUAAGGGCUGCUGAACAGAAAAGAGAUGGAAGAAAUAGGGAAACUAAUGCCCUUAGCUCAGAAUUUCAGAGUUUAAAAGAUGAAGCAGAGAAAUCCACGGAACAGCUCCAGGAGGUUGAAGCUGAAAUAAAGUCUCUUCGGACAAUGAUACAUAGAACGAUUUUGAGUCAAGAAGAAAUGGAGGAAGUUGUUCUAAAGAGAUGCUGGCUUGCUCGCUACUGGGAAUUAGCUGUUCAACAUGGAAUAUGUGAAGAUAUAUCCACAUCAAGAUAUGAACAUUGGUCAGCUUUAGCUCCUCUUCCCUCUGAAGUUGUCCUUUCCGCUGCCCAAAAGUCUGAAGAUUCCUGGCAGACAGGUGGUAGCGAUCGCACUUGGAGCAAAGUCAUCAGUAAUUUCAGUGAUUUGAAUGGAGAAGGGAACAUUGAGAGUAUGCUUGCUGUUGAAACGGGAUUACGAGAGAUAGCAUCCUUGAAGGUUGAGGAUGCUGUAAUGCUUGCACUUUCCCGGUAUAGACAGACAAAUGUGGCUCGACAAGCCGUCACUGAUCCCAGGGUGCAAGGGGAACCUAAGUUCUCCGAAACAUUUGAGUUGAGUCAUGAUGAGCAACAAGAUAUUCUCUUUAAAGAGGCAUGGCUGCUGUAUUUCUGGAAAAGAGCUAAAAUUCAUGGCGUGGAAAGUGAUAUUGCGGAAGAGCGUCUUCAGUUCUGGAUCAACCGACUCGGGCAACAUUCAUCUUCACAUGAUGCAAUUGAUGUGGAAAGAGGAAUGAGGGAGCUAAGGAAGCUUGGAAUAGAACAACAAUUGUGGGAAACAUCUCGUAAAGAACUCAUCGACUCCUCUUUUCUUCCUUCUUAUUCCGUUUCUGACUACAAUGACGAGUGACCACCUCUACUCUCCUCUUUGCCUCCAAUUUUCUUUAUUCACGACACACGCUCACAUAAACAUACACAUACACACACAAAGGUAAUCAAAAUCAUUUUUUCCUGCUCGACAAAGCUUAGAAGAAACACAAAAGAAUUCAUACUACAUCUGUUUUGCUUUCAGACUGUGUUCCAAUUGUUGAUAUAUGUUUGGCUUCCAUGUUGUUACUUGUAUAAUACUCUUCGUUACCUCACCCAAAUAACCCAAAUACAGGUUUUUUGAGAACA